AUGGAGAUCAUGCUGGGCCAAAGGCACCUCAGGGAGAGCAACAGCCUAUGGCCAGGCUCUCCAGAGUCCCUUUAUAGGGGGACCUGGUGGCUCCUGGAGGUUCCCCUGAAAAGGCGAAGGGAGCCUGGGGAGGCUGCAACAGCCUCAAGCUACAGCCCUGCUGAAAGACUUCAGAGCUUUCCCCAGAGCCCCUGCCUAGAAUGGGGGCUGCCUGUCCUUCCCUCUCCAGAGCUAGCUGAGCAGCGGGCCUUGGGCUUUGGCUCUGAGCUCUGCAGGAAAGGCCCCGGAGCGUCUCCUGAUAAAGGCCCAAACUUUCGGGUGCCCCCACAUCCCCUUUGUGGCCAGGGGCUGGAGAGGACCUUCCUCCGGGGUGCUGCCCCCUUCUUCCUUGUCCUGCCUUGCAUGGGACCCGGGGAAUGCUGCCAGCUGGCCCCCCCUGACCCUCCUGACCCAUGCAUGAGGUCACAACGGGGGCCUCCUGGCUGUGUUACGCCUGCGAGGCUGCCCCUUCUUAGCUCAGCUGUCCCAGAGAGCCAUAGCCAGUCUGCCCUCCCCGCAGAGAGUAUCCUGGCCCUCCUCCAGCAACCCCCUCCACCCCCACCCCAGAGCCCUGAUCUUCAGGCGCACCGAGACUCCCUGAGCCCAAUGAAACCCCGGAAACCCUCACCAGUUGUUCUGCCCGGAGAGCUCCACCUGCCGGAAGGGGAAGUGGAAGAGGAACUGUCCUUCCCGCUGUGCUUCCCCAAGCCUGGCCCGCUGCAGAGAGCCCUGGCGGAGGGCAACUACCCGCCCCUCGGGCCGUUCACGGCCAUGUUUGAGAGCGACUUUGUCCAGGUCACCAACAAGGGGGAGCCUGUCUUCCUGCACAAGAAGGAGAACCCGGUGACCAUGGCGGUGGCCUCCUCCUUCCCGGGGCUCCUGCUCCCGGACCUCGUCCUGCUGGCCCGGCCCGUCCAAAGCAAGAAGCAGCCUCCGCGGCUGGAGCUCACCAGGCUGCUGCCGGCACACCUGGUCCGCCUGUUUGUCCACAGCGAGGCCGGAUGGAGGCUGAAGCUCCGCCUGGCCUCCGGCCGCAGUUUCUACCUGAGGCUGGUGGCCGAGCCGGCCGAGGGCUGCCUCCUGUUCAACCUCUGGCGCUUCCUGAUCUUCCUGAUGCAGGGGCCCAUCGCGGCCUGGGCCCGGAGCCCCGACGAGCAGGCCGCCCAGGACGAGAGCGCCCCGAUGUCCGCAGCGGAGGCCCCCCCCAAACGGAAGGAGGUGGCCUUCCCUCCCCAGUAUCCCGUCCCGAGGACCAAGGGGAGCCCGGGCUGGACCGGGGACAAAGGACUGCACAACCCCGGGCCGCUCUCCCAACUGAUGGACCAGCAGACCACCCCGGCCCUCCCGGAAGUGAUGUUGAGAGCGGAAGCUGCCCCCAUGCCCUCCGGGUCCCAGCAGAAGCUCCCAGUCCUGAAAGAAGAGGAGCGGAAAUCAGAGCCCAGACUUUUCUGGAGGAGCACCCCGGGGAGCCUAGUGGAAGUGGAAGGGCAGCCGAGCAUCACCGUCCGGACCCUCUUCAGACGUAUUUCCAGCACUCUAAGCCGGUCCAAGGCUGCCUCACCAGCGGAGACUUCCUCUUCAGGGCCCUCCAGGUCCCCGUCCUGCUCUGCUCUUGUCCAGACCUUGUCCUCCUGGCUGGGCUCCCGUGAGGUUUCCAAGAGCUCGGCUUCCUCAGGGACACUGCAGAGCUCCGAUUUCUCCAUGCUCAGUGACCUAUUCGAGCCCCAAGAGAGCCCCCAAGAGCAGCCACAGCCCCAAGAGGGCCCCCAAGAGUGGCCACAGCCCCAAGAGGGCCCCCAAGAGGGGCCACCCUCCCAAGAGCACCCCCGGGAGCUGGGCAAUGCCAACAGUCUUCAGCUUCCCCAAGAGCAGCCGCAGCCCCAAGAGCUCCCCCAAGAGUGGCCACAGCCCCAAGAGGGCCCCCAAGAGGGGCCACCCUCCCAAGAGCACCCCCGGGAGCUGGGCAAUGCCAACAGUCUUCAGCUUCCCCAAGAGCAGCUGCAGCCCCAAGAGCAGCCACAGCCCCAAGAGGGCUCCCAAAAGAGGCCACCCUCCCAAGAGGACCCCCAAGACCAGGGCAAUACCAACAAGCUGCAGCUUCCCCAAGAGCAGCCACAGCCCCAAAACCUCCCCACAGAGCAGCCCAAGGACAAACCCAGGGACAGGCCGGAGCCCACCCAGGCCUCAGAGCCCUCCGCCAGUGUCAAGGCUCUGAGGAAAGCCAUCAAGAAGCCACAGAGCUGGCUCACCAGAGCAUGGCGAGAAUGCCUGAAGGUGGUCUGCACCUGCACCAACUAAUCCCCUGCCCUGUGAUAACUGACAAUUAAAAUGUUUGGGAGCAAGGGAAAUAUAUAUAUCAAUUAUGACCGCUGAAA